AUGCCGCUAGCCUCACCCAUCUCCCCGUCCGGUCGGCCACGGUCGGCCGUCUUCAACACAAACUCACCCACGCCCGUCCACAAACAUGAGCGGCAGCAGUCGUUCUCUCCGAGCAGCUCGCUAAGCUCUUUGCCGUCCCACUUGCGCAAUAAUUCCCUUCAGCGGCAAGCGAGUACCUCGAGCACCUUUGCCCCCAAGUUCAUCAAGUCCGAUGAGAUCAGAAAGAGCGAAGAUCGGAUUUCGUCCAUCGAGGGCGAGAAUGACUUCUCCGGCAAGAGAUAUGUGUGGGUUAAGGAUCCAGAGAAAGCUUUCGUCCGCGGUUGGGUUGUCGAAGACCUACCCGGCGAUCGCGUUGUUAUCCAGUUCGAAGACGGCUCUCAGAUCGAAACACAUGUCGACGAUGUUGAUAAGGUCAACCCGGCAAAGUUCGACAAGGCUGAUGAUAUGGCCGAGCUCACCCAUCUGAACGAAGCAUCCGUCAUCCACAAUCUACAUACGCGGUACCAGUCCGACCUGAUAUACACUUACUCUGGCCUGUUCCUUGUGACCAUCAAUCCUUACUGUCCACUCCCGAUUUACGGCAACGACUAUGUACGGAUGUACAAGGGCCAAGCGCGUGAAGACACGCGCCCGCACAUUUUUGCCGUUUCAGAUCAGGCCUUCAGGAAGCUGGUUGACGAAGGUGAGAACCAGAGUAUUCUGGUCACUGGCGAAUCUGGUGCCGGCAAGACAGAAAAUACCAAAAAGGUCAUUCAGUAUCUCGCCGCUGUCGCGACCUCGGACGCCGACACGCCACUGACGGGCAGGGCUCCCGCGAAGCAGAUGUCAAACCUUUCCCAGCAAAUAUUGAGGGCAAAUCCCAUCCUUGAAUCCUUUGGCAACGCCCAGACUGUUCGCAACAACAACUCGUCACGCUUUGGCAAAUUCAUUCGCAUCCAAUUUACGAGGACUGGCCAAGUUGCUGGAGCCUUCAUUGAUUGGUAUUUGCUGGAGAAGUCGCGGGUGGUCAGAGUGAGCCGUGAUGAAAGAACAUACCAUGUUUUCUACCAGCUCCUAGCCGGCGCGGACAAGUCAAUGCGCGACGCUCUGCUGCUCUCGGGCAUGGACGUGGAGCAUUUCAACUAUACGCGCAUGGGCAAUGACACAAUCACUGGUGUAUCGGAUCGAGACGAGUGGAAUACGCUUGUUGAAGCUUUUCACAUCAUGAACAUCUCCCAGGAACAACAAAUGGCCAUAUUCAGAACAAUUGCGGCUAUCCUGCAUCUGGGAAAUGUGGCAGUCAGACAAGAGAGUCGCGCAGCUGACCAGGCCUCCCUCACACCCGAAGCCAAAAGCUCCAUUGACAAGGCUUGUCGACUACUCGGAGUGCAGACUGAUCCAUUCGUCAAAGGGCUGCUUCAUCCGAAGGUCAAAGCAGGUCGAGAAUGGGUGGAGAAGGUACAGACUCCAGAACAAGUGAGACUGGCCCUUGAUGCCCUCGCCAAAGGCAUUUACGAGCGUGGUUUCGGAGACCUCGUCUCGAAGAUUAAUACUCAACUUGACCGCGCCGGCCUCACCAGUGAUGACAAUCACUUUAUCGGCGUGCUUGAUAUUGCUGGCUUUGAGAUCUUCGAGACAAACAGCUUCGAGCAGCUUUGCAUCAAUUACACCAACGAGAAACUGCAGCAGUUCUUUAACCACUACAUGUUUGUGCUCGAACAGGAAGAAUAUGCUCGUGAACAGAUUGAAUGGCAGUUCAUCGAUUUCGGCAAAGACCUGCAGCCCACGAUCGACUUGAUCGAGCUGCCGAAUCCUAUAGGCAUCUUCUCUUGCCUGGACGAAGACUCGGUCAUGCCCAAAGCCACAGACCAGUCCUUUACCGAUAAAUUGAAUUCCCUCUGGGAGAAAAAGUCUCCCAAGUACGCCUCGGCUCGUACACGCCAGGGCUUUAUCCUUACGCACUACGCUGCUGAGGUAGAAUAUUCUACCGAAGGUUGGCUGGAAAAGAACAAAGACCCCCUCAACGACAAUUUGACGAGGCUGUUGGCCAGUUCUCGAGACGAGCACAUCUCGAAUCUCUUCAGUGAUUGCGUGGACGAAGCCGAUGAUCUAUCUAGUCCGCGCAGCCGUGUCAAGCGCGGCCUGUUUAGAACCGUGGCUCAAAGACACAAGGAGCAACUUGCGACUCUCAUGCGACAACUACACUCCACGCAGCCUCAUUUCGUGCGGUGCAUACUGCCCAAUCACAAGAAGAAACCGAAGCAGUUUACAGCGCCGCUUGUCCUCGAUCAAUUGCGGUGCAAUGGUGUACUCGAAGGCAUCAGAAUCGCAAGGACUGGCUUCCCUAAUCGGUUGACGUUCGCUGAGUUCCGCUCACGUUAUGAAGUGCUUUGCGAGAACAUGCCAAAGGGCUAUCUCGGCGGACAAGAGGCCGCCAGGAUUAUGCUGGACAGACUCAGAAUGGAUGCGUCAGAGUAUCGUGUUGGUCUUACGAAAGUCUUCUUCCGCGCUGGGGUCUUAGCGGAGCUCGAAGAGAAGCGUGACAGCCUGAUCCGAGAAGUCAUGUCCAAGUUUCAGUCAGUCGCCCGUGGCUUCAUGCAAAGAAGAAUUGCUUUCAAGCAGUUGUAUCGUGCGGAAGCCACGCGAGUGAUACAGCGAAAUCUCAACGUAUACUUGGACUUGCAGGCGAAUCCAUGGUGGAGGCUCUUCGUCCGCAUGAAACCUCUCCUAGGAGCGACGAGGACGGCGAACGAGGUCAAGAAACGAGACGAAAGAAUAGAGCAACUCCAGGACAAGAUGCAGCAAGACAUGCUCGAGCGACAACGUGUUGAGGAGGAGAGGAGGCGAGCGGAGAUGCAUUGUCAAUCUGUCCAGCAAACCCUAGAAGCUGAGCGAGCCCUUGCGCUUGACAAAGAGGAAAUCUUCAAACGUCUCCGGGAUCGUGAAAACGAGUUGACCGAGAAACUUUCUGAAGCCAUCGUGGAGCAAGAAGCGCUAGAAGACCAGCUUGACGAGGCUGUCGACGCAAAGAAGAAGUCGGGUGAGGAGCUGACCAUGCGUAGGGAUCAAGUCAUGCAAGCCGGCCAGAUCAUCACGCGACUGGAAGCAGACAAAAAAGAGCUGCAAGCACAAGUCGAAAAACUGGAAGAAGAGCUCGAGCAAGCUGAGCAAAGCGAAGACAAGUUUCAACAUCUGGACCAGGAGAUUCGAAGUCUCAAGAGUCAAAUCAACCUCAAGGACCGCAAAAUAUCCGAGCACGAGUCAGAUCUGCGCGAAACACAGCGAGAGCGCGACCUUCGAGCCUCAAGUUUGGAGCAAGAAAUCCGGUCCUUGAAGAGUCAGCUCAGUCAAAAGGAUCGCCGCGCCGAGGAUCUCGAGACCAAGCUUCGCCGAGCAGAGUCAUCAGCUAGCGAGGAGCGGCGGAAACGCAACGACGACUACGAAUCGCAGAUACGGUCCCUGACUAGUCAGCUUGGGGGCAAAGAUCGGAAGUUGCAGGAGCUCGAGACCAAGCUAUCCAAGAUUGACCAGGACGCUGAAACCAAGCUUGCGACUGUCACCACCGAACUCAACAACUCAAAGCUUCUGCUUCGCGAGAUGGAGGGGCAGAAUGUCGAACUUCGCCAGCAAAUCGAUGACAUGUCUUUUACUGCUUCCAAGUCGGGAGACAAUCUCCGCAAGAAGGAGAAGGAGCUUUCCACCCUGAUGGCUGAUAUUCGGCGGCAUGAGUUGGAGAAGGACAACCUGCGACUAGAAAAGGAGAGUAUGGCAGACGAACAUGCUCAGAUGCAGAAGCAGCACCGUGAGCUGCAGGAAGAUAUUGAUGCCAUGAAGGCGAAGCGGCAGGCGAUGCAAAGGGAGGCCGAAGAUGUGCAACGGCACUUGGAAAGUAUCAUGCCGUUCUUCAAGAGUCAUUUUGCAAAUGGGGCAUGA